CCGCCGGCUCACCGUGCUGCUGUGCAAAGCAAAGACACCUCAGACACCGAUUGCGACACCACACUACACCCCAACGACUCUCAUCCUCCGUGGACCUCCGCAGCCAUGGCCAUGGCUGGGCUCAAGACCAUCAUCGUGCUCUCAUUUAUACUGGCCAUUGGAUUCCUCCUGGUCAUCCUCUCCUCGGCCCUCUUCGAGUCCUACCUCACCCUGCUCGUUGUCGCAACCUACAUAAUCGCGCCUUUGCCCAACUGGAUAUGCGGGAAGGCACAAGCAAACGAGGACUUCAUGGACAGUGGGAGCAAUAGCAUCGUCGAAUUGGGAAGGUUCUUGACGGGAUUUCUGGUGGUCAUGGGAAUUGCGCUGCCUAUCGUCCUUGCACAUUGUGAUCAGAUUAAGAUUCCCGCUAUGAUCAUGAGCAUUGUCGGCGGUCUGCUCAUCUACGGCACCAUCAUCUCAUUUGGCCUGUUUUUCCGAGAGCAGGAGGAGUUCUAGCAAGCAGGAUCUCUCUGAUCCGGAGCCCAUACACCACAGAACGCGCAAUCUACGCUGCUCCCUUGUCGCAAACAUAUACUUCUCCUUUCUUUGUGCCCAACCACCGAUGCUACAGUAACUGCCACUGCUGCUCCUAGGACUCAGAGCUGCUCAGACAGAUAUCAUUCGCCCCCCAAACUUUCAAGCAACCUUCCCGUGGCGUCAUGAAAUGAUAAUAGCUUCGGGGGCAAGAUGUGGUUGGCCACAUGGGCACAUCCCAAUUUAAUGGAUUUCACAGGCCUGCAUAGCUCUUCCCUUUUGGGGCCACCCCUCGUUGGCCCGCUGUCCAUCCCCGACAUGGAUGUUGUUAUUGCGCAUUGUUGUGACAGGGAUCUUUGAAAGCUGAUUGUUAUCAAUGGGGAUGCUUCUCGCUGCAUUUGCAUCCUCUUGCGAUACGAACUCCUGUUUUCCACCAGUCUUUCCUCGCGAAAGAAGCACUGCAGCCAUGGCCUGUGGUCGGGAACUCAGUCCGAUUCCAGAACUCCUGCAGGAAUAUGAAGACUCUUCACUCAGCGAAGUCUCGGCGGACAGAAGAGCAAGCAGCCCCGAGGACGAAGGCUAUGCCUCCGAAACACGACGAUUAAGCGUAGAUCAAAUGCUCGAUGAACUUAGCAAAAUUUCGCGCCGAGUCAGCCUACCCGCUUCCGACGACAUCAGCAUCGAUGAGGCAUUACACUCGCCAGUGCCAGUCAAGACGGGCGCUCCGCCGACUUCAAGAUUUGAUCGCAAGAACAUCGCAGGAGACCUGGAAUCAUUUUGGACCACUGUGCGACAAGAGGUUUCGAUUCUACGGAGCAGCUACGACCAAGCCCAGGCCGACUCAGUAGUACUGCUCGAAGAGGUGAAUGCGAAAAGCAAAGAAGUCGAAGAGAAAGACGCCAUCAUCGCCAAACUGAAGGCUGAGUUGGCAUCCGAGCGAAAAGCAGGCAGACAACUCCAAGACGCAAUGGAAGAUUUGCUAGCCUGGGUCGAGACAAAUCAACGAGAUACAUGUACCCUUCCAGCAGCAAGUCCGGUGUGCGGCAGGAAAGCACAUUGCAUAUACGAAAGACUGGACAAUAUUCCCACGUUCGGAAUCGCCUUUCAAUCGAAACCCAAAAAUGAGGUCGUAUUGUGGAGGAUACAAGUCGUCGAGUGCUACGACUCCCAGGGACAGCCAGUAUACUACCGUGGAAGUCAGUUGCCAAAGACGCUGAGGUCGUACAUCAAGUUCUUGCAGUUUUGGUCCGGGGAUAGACUUCCAGUAGUAUCCGGCGGCACUAUUUCCUGUCUAUGGUGCAACGAAAGAGGGUUGCAAAGCUUGUGGCACAAGGGUUCUGCAGGGCUGAGGCCGUGUGUAGAGUGUACUUUGCGACAGAGACAUUGCUUCGCGGUUGUAGAUGGCGUAGUCAGAUGUUUGCCCAUCAAGGACAUCUCGGACUGUCUGAGGAGUGGGACUUAA